CUAUUCUGGGAGCCUCAGGAAAGAGAAUCUUCUUGGAUGAAACCAGAAUAACCUCUUUUUUUGGACUUCGUCGACUACCAUCAGCAACACUCAGGGCAGCUGUCUGUGGUCUGUCUCCUUAGGGCCCUUCCUGGGUUCCUUGAAGAUGUUUGUGUGGUUUCUUUUUUUCUCCAUUCUGGGCCUUGGACACUGUGAUGUCGUUCCCAACCUCCUUACUUCAAAUGAAAGCAAGACAGACUCCAUAGCAAACGAUUUCCAAAACUUGAUCAACAAUAUCACUUUGCUCAUUAGAAAGGCCAAGAUACCUUACGGAGGCUCCUUCAGGAUGAUCCCUCGACCAGAAUGGGGAGCAGGGCCUUCUGGCUGCAGCAUCCAGCUGAGGACUCCCACCCCAUACCUCAUCAUCCACCAUAUUGCUGGGCAGGAGUGCCAUGAGAAGAGCACCUGCCAGCAGAAGGUGAAGGGCCUGCACGAGCUCCAUGUCAAAAUGAACGGCUGGUGUGAUGUGGCUUACAAUUUCCUGAUUGGUGAUGAUGGCAACGUGUACGAAGGCGUGGGCUGGGCCAUCCAAGGCACUCACACUGUCGGCUACAAUGACAAGUCACUGGGGUUUGCUUUUGUGGGAAGUGCAGCAGGAAGUUCUCCCAGUGCUGCUGCCUUGGCUGCGGCUGAGAAUUUGAUCUCCUUCGCUGUCUUCAGAGAUUACCUCUCACCCAAGUACAUCCAACCACUACUUGUUCAGAGUGAGUUCUGUCUGGCCUCCCAGAAGAACGAAGUGUCCAAAAAAGAAUGCCCUGACAUCAUCCCUCGCUCCUCCUGGGAAGCCCGAGAAACUUAUUGCACUAAGCUGCUUGGGCCAGCCAAGUAUGUCAUCAUUAUCCACACUGCAGGCCAUCGUUGCAAUGUGACUGAAGAGUGCAAGAUAAUGGUUCGAGACAUCCAGUCCUAUCACAUCGACAGGAUGAAAUUCUGUGACAUAGGUUACAAUUUCCUGGUAGGUGAGGAUGGUAGAGUGUAUGAAGGAGUGGGCUGGGACACCGAGGGCUCUCACACUUACGGCUACAAUGACAUCGGUCUGGGAAUCGCUUUCAUUGGCUUGUUCACCGGAACUUCUCCCAAUGCUGCAGCCCUGAAGGUGGCCCAGGACUUGAUCCAGUGUGCAGUGGACAAAGGCUAUUUGAUUCCUGACUACCUUCUGGUGGGACACAGUGAUGUUGUCAACACGCUGUCCCCAGGGCAGGCCCUGUAUGAUAAAAUCAAGACCUGGCCCCACUUCAAACACUGAAAGAAAGGGAAUUUCUGGAAAAUGAGAAGACAGAAGAAGGAGGAGUAAAAGGAGCCCUCAGCAAUGUGAACUUCUGGAGGAGAAACUCUUGUC